AGAACCGUUCAGCGAAGAGACGUUCUCGCAAGAAUUGGUAACUUCGUGUGCAUUUUGUACACAAUGACUCAGAGGUGUUUUAGAUUCUGGUUACAUUAAGGCAUCAUGUUUGUAAUCCGGAAAUAUGUCCGUUAUGGAACCUACAUAAGCAGAACAGUUUAAGAACAUCUCACAAUGGUGGUAACGAAUCAACAAGGUCCAAUGGCUCGUAACAAGGUGUUCGCCAGUGUCUGUCUUGUCCUGUCCGGGAUGGUAGCUACCUAUGUCAUACUAUCUGAAAUACAUCUAACGAGAGAAUGCCAUUAUUUCUGCACAAGUGAUGACCUUCCGGUGUGUUACCUUCGGCGAUCAGCCGUGCUCAUCUACGACCAGGACGUCGCCGCUCACGAGAUGAGUUUUUCACAGAACACACAUCCACGCAUCAACCUUGCCAACUACGCCACGGAGGUCGCAUCGGGACGGUACUUCGACAUCAACUGCCCCGUCAACCACUAUUGGCCUCGCGUCUCCACGCUCGAUCGCCGCAACAGUUGCGCGGUGGUCGGCAACAGCGGGAUUCUCAGCGGAUCCCGGUGCGGAAGAGUUAUCGAUAAACAUGAUUUCAUAAUACGAGCUAACCUCGCUCCAAUCGAAGACUAUACCACCGAUGUCGGUCAGCACUCCAAUCUCACAAUCAUGAACUUCGAGACACUGUUCUACUUGCAUAAUAACCUCACACAAACGCCUCCAGACACAUUCUGGCAUCGGACUUAUGUCGAGAGAUUAAGAUACCUGAAUGAUUCGAUCCUCUGGUACUCAAAGUCGACUUUGCAACGGAACAGUAGCUUUCAUCUAAAGGAUGUGGUUCAUGUUCUUAAGGAUUAUUACCACCUACCAAUCCAGUUAGCCUAUAGCUGGAGACCAGUGUCUGUUGAAAAGUUUCAUGGUCUAAGACACUAUGCAACAACCGGCUUCAAUGCUGUCAUAAUUGCCAAGACUUUCUGCAAUCACGUGACACUGUAUGGUUUCUAUCCAUCCAACGCGGCAGAAAAUGGUUACCAUGUCAACCACCACUACUACGAAGACGUCGAGUUCGACUACGUAGGCAGCAUCCAUAACUUCAAACAAGAGUUCACCAAGCUCAAAGAGUUUGAAGAGAAGGGGGAGAUCACCAUCGUAACCGAUCUCUGCCCCGGGGGAAGGCGAAAGAAGGUGACCGACCAUGUCAAUAUGGCGGCCAUGUUGGACACCAAGUUUGCUUUCAACUUGAACAAAGACAGACUUAAGGAAAUCUUCGAACUGUCAGAUGAUACUGAUGACCCUGACGGUGACGAGAAGGAGCGAACUGUUGCUCGCAUCCCCAAGGACACUCCCCAGCAGUUUCAUGUGAAUCCGGAAGUAGAUUCGGAGCAGGUUAUCAAAGACAUUCAGCAAAGUUCUGAAAUAUCGAGGACUGAUGGCGAGGCUGAUGUAGGCCCAGUUAUUUCUAGAAGUGAUGUUGAUAUUUCUCGUAAAGACAAAGCUAUGUCUGCAGAUGGAGCACAUAGAUAUAAAGGGAACUAUGGAAGUAUUGUUCAGCAGAAAUGAAUUAUAUAUGAACACAAACUUGUGACAUUGUCAAAAGCUAGUUGCGACCCCUUGAACAGUUGAACAUCAAGUCUCAUUGUGAAAUAAAAACGGUUAUGGUUGUUGGAAUAGGUUGGCCAUUAUGGCUUCUUCCUGAGUAUAUAGUGAUUGUUAUACCCUCUCCAUUUCUUUAUAAAAAACACCAUCUUGACUUAUUGGAUGUUGGCAAGAAACUUCAGGUCCCCAAAUCAACUGAAAGUCAUGCAUUUCAUUGCAAAGUUGCAAUUGACUGAAGUUCUGCUUCUUGCAUCCACCAACAAACCUAAGUUGAUUUGCUUUAGUUAAAAUUGAUCUAUCACUUGUUAAUUUGCAUCUGAAAUUGUAAUUGAUUGUACAUAUUUUCUUGCAACAUCCCCUUAGUAUUAUUUAGCCAGCCUAUUUAUGUUUUACAAUAAAAAAUAGAAGAGAAAGGUACUUUUUUUACUGGACACUGUUUUUGAAAUUUAAAUGGCAAUGUGUGUAUUUAGGAUGGUUGACUGUAAUAUGCAGCUGAAAUGUGUAUUUUUACGCAAAAUACAGGCCCGUAGUCAGGGUUUUGUUGUUGUUGUUGUUGUUUUUUUUUUUUUUUUUUUUUUUGGGGGGGGGGGGCAGCCGCUUUUCUAGUUCAUGAUCAGGCUAGGUCCGAACGUACCUCAGUUCCGUUACUUCCCGGGGCGUAUCCAGCUUUCCCUCAUAGGAGGGAGGCGGAACCCCCCCAAAUGUUAUGGAUGCUGCAAAUGUUAUGCAACAACCGGCUUCAAUGCUGUCAUAAUUGCCAAGACUUUCUGCAAUCACGUGACACUGUAUGGUUUCUAUCCAUCCAACGCGGCAGAAAAUGGUUACCAUGUCAACCACCACUACUACGAAGACGUCGAGUUCAACUACGUAGGCAGCAUCCAUAACUUCAAACAAGAGUUCACCAAGCUCAAAGAGUUUGAAGAGAAGGGGGAGAUCACCAUCGUAACCGAUCUCUGCCCCGGGGGAAGGCGAAAGAAGGUGACCGACCAUGUCAAUAUGGCGGCCAUGUUGGACACCAAGUUUGCUUUCAACUUGAACAAAGACAGACUUAAGGAAAUCUUCGAACUGUCAGAUGAUACUGAUGACCCUGACGGUGACGAGAAGGAGCGAACUGUUGCUCGCAUCCCCAAGGACACUCCCCAGCAGUUUCAUGUGAAUCCGGAAGUAGAUUCGGAGCAGGUUUUCAAAGACAUUCAGCAAAGUUCUGAAAUAUCGAGGACUGGUGGCGAGGCUGAUGUAGGCCCAGUUAUUUCUAGAAGUUAUGUUGAUAUUUCUCGUAAAAACAAAGCUAUGUCUGCAGAUGGAGCACAUAGAUAUAAAGGGAACUAUGGAAGUAUUGUUCAGCAGAAAUGAAUUAUAUAUGAACUCAAACUUGUGACAUUGUCAAAAGCUAGUUGCGACCCCUUGAACAGUUGAACAUCAAGUCUCAUUGUGAAAUAAAAACGGUUAUGGUUGUUGGAAUAUGUUGGCCAUUAUGGCUUCUUCCUGAGUAUAUGGUGAUUGUUAUACCCUCUCCAUUUCUUUAUAAAAAAACACCAUCUUGACUUAUUGGAUGUUGGCAAGAAACUUCAGGUCCCCAAAUCAACUGAAAGUCAUGCAUUUCAUUGCAAAGUUGCAAUUGAUUGAUGUUCUGCUUCUUGCAUCCACCAACAAACCUAAGUUGAUUUGCUUUAGUUAAAAUUGAUCUAUCACUUGUUAAUUUGCAUCUGAAAUUGUAAUUGAUUGUACAUAUUUUCUUGCAACAUCCCCUUAGUGUUAUUUAGCCAGCCUAUUUAUGUUUUACAAUCAAAAAUAGAAGAGAAAGGUACUUUUUUUACUAGACACUGUUUUUUAAAUUUAAAUGGCAAUGUGUGUAUCUAGGAUGGUUGACUGUAAUAUGCAGCUGAAAUGUGUAUUUUUACGCAAAAUACAGGCCCGUAGUCAGGGUUUUGUUGUUGUUGUUGUUGUUUUUUUUUUUUUUUUUUUUGGGGGGGGCAGCCGCUUUUCUAGUUCAUGAUCAGGCUAGGUCCGAACUUACCUCAGUUCCGUUACUUCCCGGGGCGUAUCCAGCUUUCCCCAUAGGAGGGAGGCGGAAAACUAUUUUAAUCCACAUUUUCCCCGAUCGGCGGCUAAAAAUAACUGGAAUAAAGGCUGAAAUUUCAGUGCAUCUUAACUUUUUUUUUUCUUACGAACAAUAAUGUCAUAAAGCAUACUAUGUACACAAAUAAUGCGCGCGACAUGUGCGAGCCGAAAUUUGUAAUAGGCCUUAACUGACAUGAAGGCCAAUUAAGGACUGUUAGCAGCGGCUCAUAAGCAAGAAACGGGAGCUGAAAGGUUUUUUUUUAUAUUCUGACCUGAAAAUUUGUCAUUCUUAGCACUAAUCAUAAUCAGGAUGGUUAGUGCUAUAGACGUGAGCGACCAUAAUUAAGAUGGUUAAUGCCAAUCAAUAGGCGUGAGCGCUAAGCGCGAGAUAAAAACAUUGAUAUUCCGGCCUUAAAACUGGACAGUUUGAGCACAUUUUAUAAUGGAUUAUAAAGAUUGGGAAUAUGAGCGCGAACUGAAAAUUUUGGCGAAUAACAGGGGCCGUGGAACGGUUUUCAAAGUGGGGUGGGGGGGGGGGCUGACCAUGCAAAAACACAGUCCUAUGAUCAUUUUUCAUUUUGUACACGGUUUUGAAAAAAAAUGAGGGGGGUUGGACCCCCCCCCUGAAUUAGACCUAAAACGGGUCAUUUAGGCAGCUUCUGUAAUUCUUAACAGGAUAAGUAUCUGAUUCAAUAAUAUGUAACAAUUUUUUUUAUUCCGAUUUGAAAAAUUGACAGUUAAUUAAUGACGUUUUUAAUACAGAACAAUAUAUAUAUAUAAUAAAUACUUUUUAAACAUC